AGCAGCAGUAACAUAUCUCGCCGCCAGGCACCACACCUUCACACAACACACUGCAUAGCACGGCGACCUACACUACCGCCCCUAUGGCGAGCAACGUCACCUCCUACGACCUGCCGCCACUGCCCGAACACACCCUCAAGCCUCUCCCACAGCUCGUCUUCUGGGCCUCAGACGCCGCCAUACAGACAGCACUGCCCAUCAUCGCAUACUGGGUCGUCUCACUGAUCUUCCACGUAAUCGACGUAUACGACCUCUUCGCCAAGUACCGUCUGCAUACGCCCGCCGAAGUGCUCAAGCGCAACCAUGUCACGCGAUGGGAGGUGUUUCGAGAUGUUGUUCUGCAGCAGGUUAUUCAGUCGAUAGCCCUUAUGGGGCUCUCUUACUACGAUGAUGCGCCGACGACCGGCACAUCAGAGUACGACGUAGCCUGGUAUGCGCAGAAGCUGCGUCUCGCACAGCGUGCCAUCCCCUUCGUCCUGUCGACUGUUGGACUUAACCCCACCGCACUGGCCUCCAAGCUGUCUGCAGCACAGCCCACCUUGGCAGCAGUUGUUGCAGGAGGACGGUACCCCGGACUGUCUGCCUUUGCUUCGUGGGAGCUCAACACUGCAAGCUUCCUGUACUGGUAUGCAGUACCUGCGAUUCAAUUCAUGGCUGCUAUCAUCAUCAUUGACGCUUGGGAGUACAUGCUCCACCGCGCCAUGCACAUGAACAAGUGGCUCUAUGUGACCUUCCACUCGCGCCACCACCGCCUCUACGUUCCCUACGCCUACGGCGCUCUGUACAACCACCCACUCGAGGGAUUUGCUCUUGACACCCUCGGCGGCGGUCUUGGGUACCUGCUUACAGGAAUGACAAUGCGCCAGUCGAUGUGGUUCUUCACUGGAUCAACCAUCAAGACAGUGCUCGACCACAGCGGUUACGAGUUCCCCUACGACCCUCUCCACUACAUCUUCCCCAACAAUGCUGCCUACCACGACAUUCACCACCAGAGCUGGGGCAUCAAGACCAACUUCUCGCAACCUUUCUUCGUUUACCUCGACCGCAUCGGCGGCACCAUGUACAAGGGUGACACAGCAUCAAAGUACGAGCGUGCGCGUCGCACUGCACAGGAGAAGUUCGAUCAAGAGAAAGAGAACGAGCUCAACGCCGUAUUGGCGGAUGUUGCUACAAGCGACGAGAGUUUGCGGGCACAGGGAGCAUCAACACCUCGCAUCUCGCGAAAGAAAGCGUUGAGUAUCUCAUCGUCAGCGGGAAAUUUCAAAGACCUGACAAACAAAGUCAACCAAAACCUACAUGGCAGGGGAGCCGGUGUUUUACGAGCUGAGAGCUCACGUUAAGCGUUUUUCGACUUGUUGCAUACAUGUAUCUGCGAUAACUAAUGUAUAGUUUCUGGUACCCAAUAUUCGCCUUCAACUGUAUUACUUUACUCAACAUUUCUUCGACAUCUAUGUCUUGCCCGGCGUGGCGCUUUGGGGACCUCUUUGCUUUGUGGCUACUAGCCCAUCGUUCGCUUUAUGGGCUUUAUGAGGUUUGGAUUUGGCGUACGGGCGAUUGGAUCACGAUACUAAAUCGAUUUUGUUCUUCA